CCACCAAGAUUUUCCGCUUUUUCCUAGUGAUCCUUAGAAUACAGUGGUGUGUACAGCAUGAUCACAAUGAAUCAAGAAUCGCUAAGUCAUGCUAGCACACGCAGGGCAGAAGCAGCGUGCUACAAGCAGCUUAAGUACGCAGGAUUUGCCAUUCUUCAAUUUUGUGGACUCGCCUGCACUUCGGAUAAACAUAAGUUGAUGUAUCACACCCCUAAAGGCAGACUGAAAAAAUAA